AAAAUAUACAUUUUCUAGCCAAACAGAACCUGAAUUUAGAGCGCACAACCUUGCCUAGUUGCCCUGCAUAAAAAUGCAAGCAACGCACCGGUAGUCUUGAAUCUCUUACUAAUGGCGGCAGGACGCGAAGUCUCCGUCGUAACAGUCGGUGGGAAAGGCUCUGCUCUCUCUUCAGCCUUCGUUUUCGCCAUUUCCAAUGGCUGUGCUCAGGUACGAAUCGAUUCUUCAGUCUUGGAGAAGCUAUCUACCAAGCACUCCCUCUCCGCAGUUCCUCUCCAGAGCUCCUCGAAUCCGAGAUUUCUAACGCUAGAAGAGUCCCGAGCUUCACUUCUUGUUCUCCUUAAUAAAUUUGCUCUCUCCAAUGCUGGUGUGCGACCCACUCUCCCCAAUUUGAUUGUCGAAACCCUAAAUAGAGGGUUUAGUGCGGAAUCCUUAGAUUUUGGCUCCGUAGUUGAUUUCUUGGGUUCGUUUUUCCGGUUAAACGGGACAACGCUCGAGGAGGCAGGCGUAACAGAUGGAGAACUGGUUGUUUUGGAGAAUUCUUCCGCCAAUUUGGGUGGCAUUUCUGCACUUUUGGAUUAUUCUUCAUCUACUCUGUCGACAGUGGCUGAUGCUGUUGCCUCCCUUUCAUGUGAGGCUUCGAAGGCAGAUAUCUCGGCUUUCAAUUCUGUGGAUUCUGGAGACGGCUUCUCUGUGAAGGACGAGACGGCUGUUGCCAGUGAUAUGAAAGUUUUACUUAUUGGGUCGAAGCUUGUUGGCCGUGUUGAUUCCGAUGCCAUUUCGGAGAUUCCAAAGGUUCAUGGUAGUUUCAGGGAAGUGGUUAGGUCGGUGCAUUCGAGGGUGCGGGUUGAGUUGAAUUCUGUGGCCAAAGUUACUAAAGCGGGUUCUUGGGGUAAUGGAUUUGGAAAGGUGUUGGCGACAACAUUUUCACCUUUAGCGACAUUGCUACGUUUUUUAGGUGAGGGUAGUUUGCGUCGAGCGAAAUUGGUUAUUGAUUCGAUCGAUUCUGCCGAUCUGCGUUCUCAGGUGCUGGAAAUAUUUGGUCGGAGUUGCCCUAACUCCGACAAUUUGAAUGAUGGGGUUCGGUUGAUUUCAGAGGCUCUCCUUAAUGUUGAUUAUGCGAGUCUUUUGCAUGAGAUAUACUGUUUAUUGGUUAAAGUCAGAACGAUUAUUUCUUGGGAGGGAGCUUUGGCUCUUUUUAUACUUGAAAGGAGUGAGGCAAAUGAAAGAACGCAAGGGGUUACAUCUGUAAGACCUGAGAUAAAUGGAGCAAAAGCAAAGGCAGAUAAAAAGGGCGAGAAGAAGAAGAAAGUGGUUUUGGGAAAAGGAACUUCUGUCCUGAGGCAACUCAUUAAGGGAUAUUUGAAGCAGAUGGAUGGUGAUUCAACUGACAGUAUAGCAAGCUUGGAGGGGUGGACAAGAGAGCUGUCCUUGUUUUUUGAUCCUAAAGCACAGAAACUUGAUGCUCUGUUGAAUAAAUUUAAAGAAAUUGUAGAAAGCAAUGAAUCUAGACGACUUCCCAAACUUCCGAAGGGUACACGAGAUUUUGCAAAAGAACAAAUGGCUAUAAGGGAGAGAGCGUUUUCAAUAAUAGAAGGGGUGUUUAAGCGGCAUGGUGCCAUGGCUCUAGAUACUCCUGCUUUUGAACUGAGAGAGACUCUGAUGGGAAAGUAUGGGGAGGAUUCAAAACUAAUAUAUGACCUUGCUGAUCAGGGUGGUGAGCUUUGUUCUUUGCGGUAUGACCUAACUGUUCCAUUUGCCAGAUACGUAGCUAUGAAUGGUCUUACUUCUUUUAAAAGGUACCAGAUAGCUAAAGUAUACAGAAGGGAUAAUCCAUCUAAGGGGAGAUAUCGUGAAUUCUACCAAUGUGACUUCGAUAUUGCUGGACAAUAUGAAGUAAUGGGGCCUGAUUUUGAGGUUAUUAAAGUUUUGACUGAAUUGCUUGAUGAAUUAAACAUUGGUGAUUAUGAGAUAAAACUGAAUCAUCGGAAGCUGCUGGAUGGAAUGUUGGAAAUAUGUGGAGUGCCUCCUGAAAAGUUUAGAACAAUAUGUUCAAGCAUUGAUAAAUUGGACAAACAGUCAUUUGAGCAGAUCAAGAAGGAAAUGGUUGAGGAGAAAGGAUUAACUAUUGAAACAGCAGAAAGAAUUGGCACUUUUGUGAAGAAAAGGGGAUUCCCAUUGGAAAUAUUGUCUGAAUUGAAACAAGAUGGCAGCGAGUUUCGAAACAACAGUGGAUCUGUUCUUGCAUUGAAUGAGUUAGAGAUUCUAUUUAAAGCUCUAGAAAAAUCCAAGUGUAUAGAAAAAGUGGUUUUUGACUUGAGUCUUGCCAGAGGUCUUGAUUAUUACACUGGAGUUAUUUUUGAAGCUGUGUUCAAGGGUGCUAUGCAGGUUGGUUCUAUUGCAGCUGGAGGACGCUAUGACAAUCUUAUAGGGAUGUUUGGUACAAAGCAAGUGCCUUCAGUUGGUGCUAGCCUUGGAAUUGAACGAGUGUUUGCCAUUAUGGAGCAGCUUCAAAAGGACUGUAAUCAGACAAUCCGAGCAACAGAAACACAAGUUUUGGUCUCUAUUCUGGGGGAAGACCUAUCUCAAGCUGCGGAAUUGGCGAGUGAAUUGUGGAAUGCGAAAUUGAAAGCAGAGUAUAUGGUUAAUAAAAGAGUUAUGAAACAUAUUGAUCGAGCCAAAGAAUCGAAGAUACCUUGGAUGGUGAUUGUUGGGGAGCGUGAACAGAAUGAAGGUAUAGUAAAAUUAAAAGACAUUGAAGCCAACAAGGAGGAAGUGGUCCCAAGAAAUAACAUAGUUGAGGAGCUCCAAAGACAGUUGAGAAACAUUCCUUUGUAAUCCAAAGAAAGCUUAAAUGCUGUCAAAUGGAGCCCAUCAACAUCCAUGCAUGUUACAGGCUUAGUUGUCAGGUACUUGGGACUUCCAUUGGUAUAUUGCAUACACAUGGGGGAAUUUGCCCCAUUGUCAUUUCGGAGCACAGCCAUAGCCAAGUGGAUCAAGAGAGGCGUUCACUAAGGCCAAGAAGGAUUUAUUUGUUUAAGUUAAUGCAUGAUACUGACUACAUUGAUGGUUUUGAGUUUGAGUGAGUUUAAUUCAAAUCCAACGCUUAAGCAAGUUCUUGUUUAAAGUUGUUUAUCUAGCAAUAGGUUAAGGGCAUGAGCACAAUUAGUAUAGAUGCUGCUGAGGCAAGUACAUUUACUGAUUUACAUUUCAAGGCUUGAUUUUUUUUUUUUUUUUUUACACCAUUGGCUGCACAUAAAUUUUGAUUUCACAAUGAAUGAAAAGAUGCUUUGGGGAAGGUUGUUAUCUCUACCUUCCACUUC